GUUUUGGGAUGACCACACCAGCAACCGUGGCUGGAAAAGUAUUCCUCAUCGUUUAUGGCCUUUUUGGGUGUGCCGGGACUAUCCUUUUCUUCAACCUCUUCUUGGAGCGCAUUAUCUCUCUCUUGGCGUUUAUCAUGAAGGCAUGCCACGAGAGACAGCUGCGAAGAAGUGGUCUCCUACCUCCCAACUUCCGAAGGGGGCCAGCCAUGUCGGGGGUGGGCAGCCUUGUGGGGUGGAAGCCAUCCGUUUACCAUGUGAUGCUGAUUCUGGGAAUUUUUGCGAUCACCCUUUCCUGCUGCGCUUCCGCAAUGUACACGGCGGUGGAAGGAUGGAACUACAUUGACUCCUUGUACUAUUGCUUUGUCACCUUCAGCACCAUCGGCUUUGGAGAUUUGGUGAGCAGCCAAAAUGCUGCAUACCAAAAUCAGGGAUUAUAUAGAUUCGGAAACUUCAUCUUUAUAUUAAUGGGGGUAUGUUGCAUAUACUCUCUUUUUAAUGUCAUCUCAAUCGUAAUCAAGCAAGUUUUGAACUGGGUGUUGAAAAAAUUUGAAUGCAGAUGUUGCCCAAAGUGCCAUAAAUCAAGUGCCCGCCUUGGACGUCGUAACGCCAUCACCCCCGGAGCCCGCCUACGUCGACAUAACAUUUCCAUGGACGCUGAUGGACAGUACGACAGCGAUACCGAGGGGAGGAGGCUCUCUGGAGAGAUGAUCUCCAUGAGGGAGCUCACGGCAUCAAAUAAAGUCUCCCUGGCCAUUUUGCAAAAGCAGUUGUCCGAGACGGCCAAUGGCUACCCAAGGAACGUUUGUAUCAAUACAAGACAAAACGGUUUCUCUGCAGGGGUGGGUGCUCUAGCCAUCAUGAACAACCGCUUGGCAGAAACAAGUGAUUCUAGGUAG